ACUAGCCUUCUGGACCCAUCUCUCCUGGAGCAUCACUCUCUCCAUCCCCUCACCGCCCUUCUUAUCCUCCUCCAUCACCACCACCGCCAUCACCAUUACUCAAGCUCUCUCUGUGUCUUAACCCAUCAGAGACGCGUGGCUUUUGUUGCUACUUCUCAGCCUUCAAUAAAAUCUCACGGCGGCAAACUACGAGUGUCAUUGGACAUGUCUUUCCACCCCCUGAACAGCACGCAUAACUCCUCCAACUCUGCCUCACCACCACCUCCACCAUCGCCUCCGCCGCAGUCAUCAUCGUUGGAACCACAAUAUUCUCAUCCUCCCUUUGAUUCUUCUAUGGCCUUAACAAUUCUUGUCCUUUUAACAGCUCUCUUUUUCAUGGGCUUCUUCUCCAUCUACCUCCGGAAGUUCUCCACCGACCCAACGCCGGACUUAUCCUCUCACCGGGGCAAUCACCCACGUAUACCAUCAAGGGCUGUGUCCCGUUCAGCUAAAGGACUGGACCCACAAGUUAUCAGGUCGUUGCCGGUGUAUGCUUAUUACCAUGGGGAAGCAAGGUACCAACUCGAUUGCGCAAUUUGCCUGGGCGAGUUUGAAGAGAAAGAGACCGUCAAAGUAAUACCACACUGUAAGCACGUGUUCCACCAGGAUUGUAUUGACAUGUGGCUUAAAAUGCACGUGACUUGUCCAGUUUGCAGAGGUGAUCGGUUUUUUGAUGUGCCGGUUUGAGAUCAACAGUGAGAAUGUUGUAUACGUGUAUAGAUAUAGGCGGGACAGUGUGGGAGGAUAACUGAUAGCUGAACAAUUAGCUGUACAAUUUAGGUUUGUGGUACGUGUGAUUUGGCACGUGUAAAUACGCAACUAUUUAUUAUAUAUUGAAUUUUUUUUUUUCAGAAUUUUAGAAAAUAAUUAAGACUGCCUUUGACCUUCUCCAUCAGCAACUAUUAUAUAUUUAGAC